AUGAAACACAUCUUAAAGAAUCAAAUUAAGUCCAGCUUGACUUAGAUAAAUCAUUAUGAUAUACCAUCAUUUGAAAAUAUUCAGAAGAAUAGAUAUGCAAACAAAAUUUUAUCCAAUAGCGAAAAUAAGAUUUCAUUUUUAAGUAAAUUGAAAAAAAUGAAUGUGAAAAUCAUUAAAAAAUGAGUUAAGUCACUUAAUAAGAGAAAGAAAAUAAUAAAGAAUUUAUCAAAUCCAAAAUUACAAUUUAAUUCUUAAAAAUUGGUGUAAAAACCAUUCUGUAAAACUGAAAACAUUUUAGCAAUUUAUACAAAAAAAAAUAAGAAUAAUAAUCAAAAGAAAUAACCGAAAAUAAUGUAGAUUUGAAUUAAUUAUGUAAUUAAGAAAUUUAGAUUGGAAAUUUUAAAUUAGCAUCAAUAUUGGGAUAAUGUUCUUAUGCAAUAGUAAGGUUAUAUAUUGAAAAAAAUAGUUUCGUUAAAUAUGCUAUAAAAAUAUAUGAUACAAAUAAAAUAAAUGACAGUCAAAAAAUGAAUAAUAAAAAAAGAAAAAUUUCAAUAUUAAAAAGAAUCAAUCAUAGUAAUGUCAUUAAAUUAAUUUAUACUAUUGAGAAUAGAAAAUCAGUAUGA